AAUAGAAUUAGAUUUAAAAAUAUGUAUCUGGUUGAGUUAAAUCUGAUUGCUCAUAAUAAAGAAUAUACAAAAAUCAUAUUUACAUGAUUUUACCUGCUUAGACCUUGAAAAACAGAAUGUCUUCAAGAGCGAUAACUCAAAAACGCAAAGCAUUCACAAAUGAUGUUUCUAGCAGAAAAGGAUCACCACACACUUCCCUAACAAUAAACAGAAAAUAUAAAUCAUCUCUGACAUCAACACCUAUUAAGUAUAGUGAUGGAACAGAUACCGGUAAUGCACUAGAUCUAUCAAGAUCACCAAAGUUUUUUAAAGUCAAUUUAGACAAGGAAAAUAACAAUACACCGACUUCAACAACUUCUAAAAACACUGGGUUUGUUAAGACUUCAUCAAAAUUGAGCACAAAAUUAUCUGUCGAUAAGAAAAAUUCAAGUACCUCAGGUACAACGAAAAGUCCUAAAAUUCCUCCUACAAAUUUCAUGUGUGCAUCGUCUGUGUUAUCGACAACUACAAGCUCACUUGCAAGACAUCAUCGAAAAAGUCAUGCGGAUCAAGCAAACACUAAGGACAACCAUGAGAGCUCUCCUAUAGCUAGAAGGAAUAUCAAAAAACAUCUCCCCGAAAAAAUGACACCUGGUAUGAGCCCUUAUCAUGGCACGCCACCAAAACGUAGGCCACCUGAAACAGAAAUUGGAGUUACUGCAAGUCCUUCAUUCAAAUCGAUUCCAAACGACAUGGUUCGCAAAAUGGUUAAAAAUAUUCAGGAUAAACCACCUUCUCCGAGCUCUAGGAACCCAACUGGGCGCAAUAAUCCACAGGAAAACAAGCCCACCUCUGUUCGAAAAAAUUUAGCAAGUCGACUUGGUGGAAGCAACUCAAUUAAAAGAGGAAGAUCAUCUUUUGCAUUAAGUCUCGCUCAGAACGUAGACAGAGAAAAUUUACGAGAAGAUUUUUCCGUCACUGUUGCUGUCAGAGUGCGGCCGUUCAGCCAGAAGGAGGAAGAUGCGAAUGCAAAACAAGUGGUUUUCAUGAACGAAAAUGGAACAUUGGUUUCAGAUGGAACGAAUGAUCAUAAUUUUUCUUAUGAUUUUUCAUUUGAUUCUAUAAAACAGUCAUCAGGUACAGAAUUUGCAUCUCAAUCAUUCGUAUAUCAGAAGCUAGCUCGUCCAUUGCUGAGUGCUGCAUUCAAUGGUUAUAAUACUUGCUUGUUUGCCUAUGGACAAACUGGAAGUGGAAAAUCAUACACUAUAAUGGGAAACAAUGAAGAUGUUGGUGUCAUCCCUAGAUUUUGUGACGAAAUGUUUGGUGGCGUGAAAGCUAUCACUUCUAAAGACAAAAUGGUUCAAUUUCAUAUUGAAAUGAGUUAUUUUGAAAUAUACAAUGAAAAAAUUCAUGAUCUUCUAGUUUCUAGUCAAGUUGGUGCUGAUGGUGAAAAGAAAAAACAAGCUCUCAAAGUCAGAGAGCAUCCUGAAGAUGGACCUUAUGUUGAAGGCCUUUCAAAGUUUGUCGUAACUUCAUUUGAUGAUAUCCAAUCCUGGUUAGACGUUGGUAACAGACAGAGGGUCACUGCGUCUACUGGGAUGAAUGAUAAAAGUUCAAGAUCUCAUUCGGUGUUUAUUCUUAACAUGACAAGAACCACGGUUGAAAAAUUGGAAGGAGAAUGCCAUGCUACUGGUAGAAGAAGUCGUAUUAAUUUGGUUGAUCUUGCUGGUUCAGAACGAUCUUCAACAGCACAAACUUCCGGACAAAGACUGAAGAAAUUUGAGGGAGCAAGUAUCAAUAAAAGUCUCCUAACAUUGGGCAAAGUAAUAUUUGCUCUUUCUGAAAGAUCGAAAGUUAGUGCAAGGAGACAGAGCCGAUUGUUUAUACCUUAUCGUGAUUCUGCACUAACUUGGUUAUUGAAAGAAAGCCUUGGUGGAAAUUCCAGAACUGCUAUGAUUGCAACAGUCAGUCCUGCAGAAAUGCAUAUCGAAGAAACAUUAAGUACAUUGAGAUAUGCGGCACAAGCUCGGACUAUUGUUAACAUGGUCAAAAUCAAUGAAGAUCCUAAUGCUGCUAUUAUAAGAGAACUCAAAUCAGAGAUCGCUAAGUUGCGAGCAGCUCAUCAAUCAUCGAGUGCAAAUGCUGAAGAAUAUCAAGCAUCUGUGAGAGAAAUCGCACAACUUCGUGAAAAAUUAUCUGCUGCAGAAAAUGAUAAAAAUGAAACCAACAUCAGGUGGUUAAAAAAAUUAGAAGAAAGUGAGAAAAGAAAAGCAGAAGAGAUACAGGAAUUGAAGAGAGCAGGUGUUUCAUUUAAAGUUGACAACAGACUUCCUAAUCUCGUUAAUUUAAAUGAAGAUCCACAACUAUCCGAGUUGUUACUGUAUGUUAUCAAGCAUGGAACAACUAGAGUUGGGAGAAAAGGUGGACCGCAUGAAUGUGAAAUACAACUGGGAGGAACACUUAUUGCAGAUUUACAUUGUGAAAUUGAAAAUAAAAAUGAAGUUGUCACAAUAUCACCAAAAGAUGAAAGUGCUAAAAUAUUUAUCAAUGGAGAAAUGAUCAACAAAUUGACAACGCUUCAUCAUGCUGAUCGUAUUGUGAUUGCUGGUGAUCAUUUCUUUCGACUCAAUCAUCCUAUAGAAGUUCAAAGAAAAAAGAAAAAUACGAAAAAUGUAGUUGAAGAAAAAAAGGAUUUUGAAUUUGCAAAGAAUGAAUUACUGGCAGCUCAGAAUGCCAGAAUGGAAGCUGAGAUUGAGCAAACUCGACUUCGAGUUAAACAAGAGAUGAUGAAAGAAAUUGAACUUGCCAAGCGAGAAGCUCAGAAUGAAAUAUCAGAACAGAAAGAACAAUAUGAAAAAGUUGUCCAUAAUCUACAAACUAAAUUGGAGGAGGAUCAAUUCACAAUGAAGGAAUUGGAAGGAAUGAGAGAAGAAUAUCUCGUUCUGCAGAAAGAAGUUGAUGCCAAUAGAAAAAGACAAGAAAUGGAGGCCAGGAUUCUUGCUCAGAAAACUGUUAUUGAUGAGAGAGACCUGGUGACAUCUCAUAUAUUUGCGGAAUUAGAAGCUGAACGAUUAAAACUGGCAAAAGAUAUAGAAAGGAUGCAAAACAACUUAAAAAAGAAAAAAGAAACUGGAAAGCCAAAAGUUUCAAUUGUGCGUACUUCAGACAAAUUCACUCCGCUCAGAGUAUCAUUACUAUUGGAAGAAGCCAAUACUAUCAGUACUGCUAUGAAGACUUGUACUGUAUUUUCUAGACAUGAUGUGGAGGCUGACAAUGUACAAAUCAAAGUUCAGAAUACAAAACUUGAAAUCUAUACCUUGUGGUCGAUGGAAAAAUUUGAAGAAAAACUUGAAGGAAUGAGAGAGUCUUAUGAUGCAUUCAGAUCAACGAACAACUCUCAAAACGAUGGCUACAAUGAUCCUGAUCACAAUAUAUUCUAUGAUCCCGCAGAUACCUGGUGGGAAGUAUUUAAAUCUAAUUCAGAUGAAAUAUCCCGAGACCAACACAACUCAUCCAUGGAGACACCAAUUUCUACGAAGCCGAGCAAGUCUAGACGGAUUACAAGACGACUAUCUUCUCUCACGUUAGCUCGUACUUCUCCUGCAUUGCAACAAUCUCUCCUACAAUAUGAUCAGCAUUGUCGAUCUUCUACAAUAAGAAAGAAAAAAGACGAACCAUCCGGUUUUACUAUGUGUAAAAAUUUAAUAACCUCCAUGUCAAAUGAUCGUGAUACUCGAUCGUUCUCAUCUGUUGAUUGCCUUCUCAUCUCCUUGCAUAAAUUAUCUUCUGCUUGUGAUCAACUAGAAGAUGAAUUCUGUUUACAACAACAAGUACAAGAUGACUCUAAUGUCUCGAUGAACUGUGAGUUGCCGAUUCAAGCUACAAUGCAACUUGUUAGGUGCCAAUCAUUCAUGCAAACAUUUUGCAAGUACACAACUGAAGAUAGCAAGUCUAAAUCGGUUUCUAAACUGGUUAAAAAAUUGGAUGCUUCUGGGAGAAAAUUGACUGUGGAGAUGGCUAAACUGUUACAGGGCUGUGAAGGAGAAAUUGAACAAAUGGUCAAAGAAUCACUGGGACAAAUCAAAGUUCUCAUUCCAAAUAUAUCAAAAUAUAGCGGUGCUUUGAGUCUUCUUACCAAUGAUGUACAGACUAUACUGGAUGAAGAUAAAGAACAUCUGUUGAGUCAUCGAAUCAAGAAUGCUUUUAUUCAAGGAGCUGACUCAUUUCUAAGAAAAACAAUUGCAGAAGGAUUAACUAACAUAACAAACUGUAAAUGUCUGGUGAAUGGUAUUAAUACUGACAAUAAAGCAUUGCUACAUUCUGCAAUUGUACUAUUACAAUCAUGUAAAGACCUUCAGGAAGCUAUUGAGUUGGUUGCAGUGAGGGAGGUUUUGAAUAGCAGGAUUGAUGAAGAUAUGCAAAGAAUAUGUGAAUCAUCAUUACUAAUAAGAGAAACAGAACUUCCACCUCAAUAUUAUCAACAGUAUAUAAACAGAGCACGAGACAUGACAUCUGUGAUCAGCAAAUUAGUUACAACAAUUGGUUCUUAUAAUACUGCGUGUGCAGAAGGAGAUGGUGAUACCGAAAUGACUCUAGAAGGCUGUGAGGAAAUCAUGAGAGACUGUGCAAUGCAGAUUGCAUUCUUAUCUUCUCCACUUGAUGGUGUAAUGAUGAAAACGUUGGAAAAUAAUUCAAACUGUAAUAAUAGUAAUUCUGUAUCAUUCGAGGAAGAAACAGAAAGAAUGUACUAUGCUGUGCAAGAUGCUGCUGAAGAUUUCAGGCAUACUUUGACAAGGGUUUUCAAUCUUGACUACCAAAUGCCAACUUUGAACUUGACAGAGACUCCAGUAGAUAAAAAUUUUCCAAAAUUUCCUCUCAAUCAUUCGUACAAGUCAAAUAAGAAUAUAGACAUUUCAUGCUCGACUGCAAUAUCUAAUUCUGUCAAAAAAUGGUUGGAUUUGACAGAUUGUGCAGUUGGCCACGAGAAGACUGCAACUGGAUCCUAAAUUGAACCACUAGCAGCAGUGAAAGAAUAAUAUAUAUAUAUACAUUGUACUUAUUGAACAGCAUUGCAACAUUUCACUAUUUUAUGUUAUCUGCUUUUUCUCUUAUUAUUUUGGUGGAUUUCUGUGUCCUAGGUGAACUGUCCUAAAUGAAGUUGUUUGGUCUAAGACUAAGACCUUGUUGCAUACUACUCUUUUAUUUUAUAUCGUAGCCUUUUGCAUCUUCAGUACGCAAAGUAGGGCUCUGUAUGAGCCCUAUGUAUGUUGCGUGUAACAGUGUCUCUUCAUGUUGGGGUUUUCUAAGUGUAUACAUAAUAAACUUUAGCUUGAUAUUUGGUUGGUGUUUAUGGACCUUUUGUAUGUAAUGUUAUUCACCUUGUCUGCACUUUUGUAUUAGAUGUUUUAAAGAAAAUAAAGUUACACAAUCUUGCUGGUAUUGUUAAACUUACAAAUACAUGCAUAAAUGUUUUUGGUCAAUGGAUACUAUUAAAUAAAGUCCCACGAUUCACUUGAUAGCUUGGAUACCUGGAGGUAGUAAAUAGGAUUUAGACAAGUUAAUUUGAUUGUUUGCAUUUAGAAAAUUUUGUUUAAUGUCCGUGCAGUUGGCUCAAAAUAAACUGGAAAUAUAUUUAACUAAAUAAUAAAAAAAGAAUAUAAAACAUGG